AUGACCAAGGUCCAGGUGCUUCGAUACUUUUCUCUUUGGAACCAGUCCGUCGCUGCUCUCAUGAGGCAGCUGGAGCCAGACAUCUAUCACUGUAUGGACUACCAUGCAGCGCUUGCCCCGCUGUACCUGCCGGAGAAGCCCAUUCCGAUGAUCUUGGUCUUGCACAAUGCGGACUACAUGGGUGUCAUUGAGACGGACUUCAUCAACGACCGGUUCUGGAAGACCACUUCGACGAUGCGAAGACUGAGCCUCGUCUUCAACUUGCGUAUUCGAGCGAUCCGGAAAUACGUGCUCUUCGAAGGGCGCUUCAACAUGCUGAAGGCUGGUGUGGCCUACAUCAAAGAGAUGCAAAAUGGACAUGGGGUCUGUGCAGUCUCGGCCAACUAUGCAGCCGAGCUCAAGCGUGAGCGGAUGCUCUUUCGUGGUCUGCCCAACAUCCUGCCGUUGGAUAAUGCCACUGAUCCAGCGGAUGACCAGGGCACAGGUACGAAGGAGCUGAAAAAGAGGCGCUACGCCGCCAAGGCAGCGUUACAAAAACGCUGCAGCUUAAACGAGGACCCUGGAGCAAAGAUCUUAAUCUUUAUCGGCCGCUGGGUGAAGCAGAAGGGGGUGGACCACAUUGCGAUGCUGACGGAGGAGAUCCUCCGGAGCCAGCAGAAUGUGCAGAUGGUCCUGGCGGGUCCGCCGGACGAUCCCUUCGGCCUCUACGCGCAGGAGAUGCUGGUGCCACUGAAGGUGAAGUUCGAAGGUCGGCUUUUCGUGUGCACCGAGUUCUUCUGCCUUGAGAAGGAACUCCGCCGCGGUGCACACCUCUGCUUUACACCCUCCUGCUCAGAGCCCUUCGGUUACGUGGACGUGGAGUUCGGUCUGCUUGGUGUCCCUUCUGUAGGCUGCGCUAUUGGUGGUCUGGGCAAGAUGCCGGGAGUCUAUUUCCGUCAGCAAAAUGCCGACUCCCCCCACAUGCUCCUUGAAGCAUUCCACUGUGCGGUCGACUAUGCCUUGGACAUGCCUGAUGAGGAGUACUGGCAGAUGGCCAAAGCUGCCACUCGGGCCGAGUUCCCCUUCAUCAUCUGGAAGGAGAACCUCAAAGAGGCCUACCAUCUCGCUCUCACCCACUUCAAGGACGCAGCCACUGUUGUCGUGACAGCUUGCACAUGA